UCCUCUCUCCCGCCUUCCCAUCCCUCCCUCCCCCGACUGUGGCUCCCGGGAGCAUCUGGAAGAACCGCUGGGCUGAGGCUCAGUCCCCCUUCUGCCCGCUCUCGGUGACUUGUCCGGCCCCUUAGGAAGCCGCCCACGGGGCCUCCAGGAAAGGGACAGAGAGGCUUUCCCCACCUUCCGAAGAACUCGAGGGAGGAAGGCUGACUCCUGGCUCCUUUGGGUCCCCCGUUAUUCGGCAGAGGCUGAGUGUGACCACCAGGCAACCUCCCUUGACCUCUUGGAGACUUUCCAUUUUAAUUUCAUUUCACGGGCUUCAGGAUUUCCUUUUUUUAUUUCCCACAAGUCUUCACACUGAAGUUUAUUUUUUAACAAAACAUUUCAAUUCCUAGUUUUUGAUUUCAAAGCCCAUCCGUGAAUGGGCCGCUUGUGAUCCAUCCCUUUCACCCCUAGUUAAAUCCCUCCGUCUCUGCCCUUGCCUAGCUCAGCUGUGACAGAAAGGAGGCAAAGGGAAGGGAAAAGUGGAGCAAGGGGCAGAGCAGCCGCGUCCCGCAGCAGGAGAGGGGCAGACCAGCAGGACCAUGAGGCUCUUCUCCAGGGGGCCCCUGGGUGCAACGGCCCUGCCCUGGCUCCUGGGAUUGCUCCUGUGUGAGCUGGGCAGCGGCAGCUUCCAUGGGAAUUACCUCCACACCUCCAGCUUCCUCCAGAGGAGACUCAGUGGCUGGGAGAAGCGGGAAAUGCAACGGGAGAUCCUGUCCAUCUUGGGGUUGCCAGGCCGGCCCCGGCCCCGGCCACCCCCUGGGGCCAAGCUGCCAUCUUCGGCCCCACUCUUCAUGUUGGACCUGUACCAUGCCAUGGCCAGUGAAGAGGAAGACGGGCGAGGCAGCGGUGAUACAGAUGUGGCCUGGGGCCGUGGGGUCUCCAGGCCUGUGCUGACCAGUCUGAGCACCCAGGGCCCUCCUCUGGAACGGGUCAUCAGCCAUGCUGACAUGGUCAUGAGCUUCGUGAAUAUGGUUGAACACGACCGAGAUCUAUUUUACCAGGAACCCUACUGGAAAGAGUUUCGGUUUGAUUUGACCCAGAUCCCAUCGGGGGAAUGCGUCACAGCUGCUGAGUUCCGUAUCUAUAAGAUGAGGAGUUUCACCCGACACCUCAAUAAGACCCUCCACAUCAGUGUGUAUGAGAUCGUCACCGAGCAGUCCAACAGGGAAUCUGAUUUAUUCUUACUAGAUCUGCAGACUGUCCAGGCUGGGGAUGAGGGCUGGCUGGUUUUUGAUGUCACAGCUGCCAGUAAUCACUGGUUAUUAAAUCGUAAGAGUCACCUUGGACUUCGUCUUUAUGUGGAAGCUGAGGACGGGCGAAGCGUUGAUCCUGGAUUAGCUGGACUGCUGGGUCGGCAAGGGCCACGCUCCAAACAACCUUUUAUGGUCACUUUUUUCAGGGCAAAUCAAAAUCCCAUCCGAGCUCCUCGGGCACUCAAGCAACUAAAGAAAAGGCAGCCGAAAAAAAGCAAUGACCUCCCUCACCCAAACAAACUCCCAGGGAUCUUUGAUGACAUCCAUGCUGCCGAGGGCAGGCAGGUUUGCAGGAGACAUGAGCUCUACGUUAGCUUUCAGGACCUUGGUUGGCUGGACUGGGUCAUUGCACCUCAAGGCUACUCUGCCUAUUACUGUGAGGGGGAGUGUGCCUUCCCACUGGACUCCUGCAUGAAUGCCACCAACCAUGCCAUCCUGCAGUCCCUGGUGCACCUGAUGAAGCCCGAUAGCGUCCCCAAGGCCUGCUGUGCCCCCACAAAGCUGAGCGCCACUUCGGUCCUUUAUUACGAUACCAGCAACAAUGUCAUUCUCAAGAAACACCGCAAUAUGGUGGUGAAGUCCUGUGGCUGUCACUGAGACUCCCCUCCCACCAAGGACCUAUGGCUCAUGGAGAAGCCCCAUCCUGGUCUGCAGACCGGCGACCCAGAGCACCCUCAUCGGGGAGCCUUCUGCCCAUCAAUAAAGUAAUGCAAACCUCCCACUUCCGGAUGGAUGGAUGGAUUUCUAAUGGGCUGGAAACGGUCCAGAGAUUCCUGAUGGCUGCAGGCUCCUAGCUCUGAAAGCCCGUUGGCAUGGGGUUGGGGCGGCCAUGGCCUUUUGGGAUCCGAGGGCUCUUGGGUGUGUGGUCCGUGCCAUAAAUAUUUAGCCCCUACCCAGUGAGGAGGAUCGUCAGCUGGCAGAUCUCCAUCUAUUUAGGAGCCUUAAUUAGCGAUUGGCACUGUGGAGGCUGCUGUCGGGCACAUGGCCACAGACCACGCUAGAUACUCAAAUAUCCUGCUUCAGCAGCUGCCAGGAGGAGAACAGUGGCUCUCUGUCACCUCGGGGUUCACUGUCAGAGCAUCAUCUCUUAUAGGAUCAGAGCGCUAGAGAGGCUCUCCAGCCCAACCCCCUCAUCUUAUAGAUAAUUUGCUAGAUAAGGGAUAACAGACCCAAUAUAUGCACCUUAUGUAACGAAAGCCUUCACUGCACAUAAUAAUGACCCCAAUUUGUACAGAGAGCAUUUUACAGUUUGCAGAAGUCCUGGACUAUAGGGAGUGGAUCAGCUAGAUCCCCGUUUUGCAGAUGAGGAAACUGAGGCUUAGGCAAAGAGAAUGAUUUCUCAGAGUAACUGCAAGGUGAGAGACUGAAUCAGGGCUGAUCCCAAGUGUCCUGACUCAAUCCUAUGUUCUUUCCAAUGUCCCCAUAGUAUCUCCCUAGUUAAUGCAGAUAGACUAAUUGAAGUGCUUCUUCACUUUCUAAAUAUGCACCAGCCCUAUUUCUUGAAGGCUAUUUUAAAUUAUACAACUUACUUCAAUUCAACAAGCAUUACUGAGUACCUACUGUGUGCCAAGUGCUAUUUUUAUUAUAUAAUUCACUUCAAUUUGACAAGCAUUAUUGAGUACCUACUGUGUGCCAAGUACAGCGGAGGUUGCACACAAAGAGACAAAAAUCUCUCAGGUUACAUGAAACAAUCACCAGGAAAUGCUUUCCAGUUCAAGGCUCCCGGUUUCUGUGAUCAUUUCGGGAAAUCUGGGAGACGGGGCCUCCCCUUGGAAGCUCUGUGGAGGUGUUGAGGCUGGUGGAUCUCCCUAUGACCGACAUCCACAGACUGACCAAGGGUCCUUGUUGUGAUGGGAUUGGGUUCAAAGGUUCUGUUUUCAUUCGGAUUAGCAAAUUCUUCCAAAAUUUCAGACUCGAAAGGAACCACAGAGGCACGUUCCCAUACUCUGCUCUUGGCAGGUCAUCGAUGCUUCUAGUGUGAGGGGUGAAUUAUUGGACGAGCCUUGGCAGGAUAGUAAAAUGCUAUUUGUAUCGCAAAUCUCUGGUCACUCCUAUUAAUGUUAGAGUUAUAUGUAAAUAAAAGAGGAGGGAA